AUGGCAAACGGCCGCUCUUCUCAGGACGAACGCAAGCUGGAGAACGGGAGCCCUGCUCCCGCUCCUAGCCAGGGCUUGCACCCGGCUUUCUACAUUGCCCUGUGGAUUGCUCUCAGUUCCAGUGUUAUUCUGUUCAACAAGUGGGUUCUGCAUACUGCGGAAUUUCACUUCCCGCUUUUCCUUACGACAUGGCACAUGGUUUUCGCUACGGCCAUGACCCAGAUUCUGGCCCGCUGCACCACCAUCCUGGACUCUCGCCACAACGUCCCCAUGACCCCUGCCACCUACACUCGCGCCAUCGUUCCCAUCGGUAUCAUGUUCAGCUUGAGUCUGAUCUGCGGUAACCUGGCCUACAUGUACCUCAGUGUGUCCUUCAUCCAGAUGCUGAAGGCCACCAACGCCGUUGUGACCCUGCUUGCUACCUGGGCCUUCGGAAUCGCCCCGACCAACUACAAGACCCUUGGCAAUGUCGGUAUCAUUGUCGUUGGUGUCGUUAUUGCGUCCUUCGGCGAGAUCAAGUUCGACAUGAUUGGUUUCCUUAUCCAGGUCGGUGGUAUCAUCUUCGAGGCCCUCCGUCUCGUCAUGGUCCAGCGUCUCUUGAGCUCCGCUGAGUUCAAGAUGGACCCCCUGGUUUCUCUCUAUUACUACGCCCCGGCCUGUGCCCUCACCAACGGUGUCGUCACUCUGUUCACCGAUCUGCCUCGCAUGACCAUGGCCGACAUCUACGGCCUCGGUAUUAUGACCCUUAUUGCUAAUGCCCUCGUUGCUUUCUUGCUGAACGCCUCCGUCGUUCUUCUGAUUGGCAAGACUUCUGCCGUCGUCCUGACCAUGGCUGGUAUCCUGAAGGAUAUCCUCCUGGUCUGCGCAUCCAUGAUGAUUUUCCGUGACCCCGUCACUCCUCUGCAGUUCUUCGGUUACUCCAUUGCUCUCGGUGGUCUUUGCUACUACAAGCUUGGUGCUGAGAAGAUGCAGUCCCUCGCCACUGAUGUGCGCCUCCAGGUCGGCGAGUACCGCCGCAGCAACCCUGCCAAGGCCAAGGGUAUUGCUGCCGGUGUCGUUCUGACCCUCAUUUUCAUCGUCAUGUACGCCGGUGCUCCUGCCUCUAAGUUGACCUAA